AUGGAGGCGCGGAGAGAAACGCAUUGACUGUAAAAGUUCGCCUUAAUAUAAACUUCGUAUGUAUGAAAUUACAGCGGGUAAAUACAGAACAACUAUCCGAAGCGCAGUUCCAAACCCCGGACGACAACCAGAAACACUUCGGUUCGAAGUCUGAUGAAAGCGUCGGGGAGUCAAGUCAGGGUUAGAAAGUAAUUUAAAGCCAGUUAAGUAUACAGCAGUCAUCGUUUUGACAGCUUGAAACCUCUAAACAAUAAAAAACUACGGUUUGUGUUAAUCACAUUUGGAAAGUGCAUGCGGUUAAAGGAUAUUUAAUACCAGUUUUAGUAAUUAAAACAAAUAACAUAAACAAAAUAAAUAGCCAGCCAGCUGCCUGCUGUUUUAUUUGCAUUGUAUUGUGUGUCGUUGCUAGUACUGCAUGUCUCAAGCAGAGCACAAUUUAAUUUGAAGAUCUUGCGCUAGUACGUAUAAGCAUAUCAUGGUAGGUAUUUGUUAGAAUAGAGCUAGUUAUAUAUUUAAAAUUUUAAAGUAUAAAUACAGUAUUAGAGAUUAGUCAGCGACUUGGAACAAAAUGACCUUAGAAGGCUAUGAAAGACAUUAUGACUCGCUGAACUCGGAUUUUGGCAGUGAAUUGGAUGGAACCGGGCCUAGGUCUGGUUCUGGGAGUUUUAGUGGGGAGCAAGAGAAGUUACAUUACAUCCCGAUUCGAAUCCUGGGACGUGGCGCAUUCGGAGAAGCCACGCUGUACAGAAGAUCGGAGGAUAACUCAUUGGUAGUGUGGAAGGAAGUAGAUUUGAACAGCCUUUCCGAGAAGCAGCGAAGGGAUGCCAUGAACGAGAUUGUUAUCCUGUCUGUUCUGCAGCAUGAUAACAUCAUAGCCUACUACAACCACUUCUUGGAUAAGAACACCUUGCUGAUUGAGCUUGAAUACUGUAACGGUGGAAAUCUUCAUGAUUUAAUUAACCAACAGAAAGGGAAGCUCUUCACAGAAGAGACUAUGAUUUGGUACUUUUAUCAGAUAGCAUCCGCCGUGGCUCACAUACACAAAGCUGGCAUUCUUCACAGGGAUAUCAAGACGCUGAAUAUUUUCCUCACCAAAGCAAACCUGAUUAAGCUGGGAGAUUAUGGACUUGCCAAGCAGCUGGGUUCCCAAUACUCCAUGGCGGAGACUUGUGUAGGAACCCCUUAUUACAUGUCUCCGGAGCUGUGCCAGGGUGUGAAGUAUAACUAUAAGUCAGACAUCUGGGCUGUGGGCUGCGUUGUGUUUGAACUUCUCACGCUGACAAGGACGUUUGAUGCAACGAACCCUCUGAACCUGUGUGUGAAGAUUGUGCAGGGGAACCGCACCAUGGAGGCAGAUACUGACGUGUUCUCUGCUGGCUUGAUUAAUCUGGUGCACCAGUGCCUUGACCAGGACCCAGAAAAGAGACCCACAGCUGAGCAGAUCCUGGAGCAGCCAAUCAUUCUCAACCACAGGCAAGCGUUGGACAAUAAGGUUUCUCUGCUCAAUGGACCUAAUAAACGACCAAGGCUGAGUACAGCGAAUGAGACCUCCAUCGCCGUGGUAACAUCGCGCUCCAGCGAGGUUUAUUUCUGGGGGGGAGGGAAGUUCACACCCCAGAAGCAGGAUGCCUUCAAGGGGGGCUGCAGCGCCCAGCAGGUGUGUGCUGGAGAGACUCACUUUGCCGUGGUGACGGUCGAAAAGGAGCUCUACACCUGGGCUAAUGUGCAGGGUGGUACGAAGAUGGUCGGACAGCUGGGCCAUGGAGACCAGGCCUCCUACCGCCAGCCGAAGAGAGUGGAAAGACUGCAGGGGAAAGCCAUCCGACAGGUGGCCUGUGGGGCCGAUUUCACUGCCUGCAUCACCGAUGAAGACCAGGUGUACAUGUUUGGCUCAGACUACUACGGAUGCAUCGGAGUGGACAACCAGCAUGGGUCGGAGGUCCGGGAGCCAGUUCUGCUGGACUUCUUCCUGUCCAUCCCAGUGGAGCAGUUGUCUUGUGGGGACAACCAUGUGGUGGUUCUGACCCAGGACAAGGAUGUUUACUCCUGGGGCUGCGGGGAGCACGGUCGUCUCGGACUGGAUUCAGAAGAUGACUGGGCCACUCCUCAGCAGGUGGAUGUGCCCAAGAGUUUAAGCAUUUCCUCAGUGCACUGCGGUGCAGACGGGACUUUUUUCUUGACUCAGUCGGGGAAGGUGCUGGCGUGUGGAAACAACGAGUUGAACAAACUGGGUCUGAACCAGAGCAUCUCUGGGAUCAUGAACCACUCUGCUGAGGUUUACCAGGAGAUCCCCUACACCACCUCCCUUACUCUAGUGAAACAGCUUGCCAGAUUCAAAAUCCGAUCCAUCGCUCCAGGCAAGACCCACACUGCUGCUAUUGAUGAACGAGGCCGGCUGUUGACCUUCGGCUGUAAUAAGUACGGACAGCUGGGAGUGAGAGAUUAUAAAAAGCGUCAGGACGUCAACCUCCUGGUGGGUCCCUUUGGGGGCAAAGAAGUCACCAAGGUGUCCUGUGGAGAUGGCUUUACCAUGGCUGCAACAAAGGAUAAUCAGAUCUUCGCCUGGGGGAAUGCCGGGAAUGGUCGUCUGGGAAUGCCACCGGCUAAAGGGUACGGCUCAGAAGUUUGUCCGGCCCUUCCCCGUCCGAUUUUUGGCACCUUGCACCACGUUCCAGACUUGUCUUGCCGUGGCUGGCACACAAUCCUUAUAGUUGAGAAGGUUCUGAAUUCCAAAACGAUCCGUUCAAAUAGUAGUGGGCUGUCCAUAGGCAUUGUCGGCCAGGGCUCAACAACAGAAGUGGAGAUGGAGAGUGAGCCUGACUUGGAGCCCCUGGAUCAGCACAGAGGUUCGGGGGGCACAGUGGAGGCAGACGCAGGGGUGCGCAGGAUGGAGACCCCCACAGACUCCCUCGCCAACAUGACUGAGAGCUCAUGUCCUGACUGGCUGCUCAGGGAGCUUGAAGAUGCAGAGUUCAUCCCAAUGCCCAAGAAUGCAGAGGGCUUCUCUCCAAUGGAUUUGUCAGUCUCCGGGCCUGAGAAGGAUACACUUCCUUACGAUGAGCUGAAGGGACUGAAGGCUGCAGCAGAACCACUGGCAGAGAAAGAACUCCCGACUGCUUGUGUGGGUUCAGAGAAGGUGAAUGGCGUUGGUGAGGAGCCAGCCACGUGCAAGAUAUGCAGCACGCCUCAGUGGGAGACGCAGCAGCAGAAAUUACAGCAGGAAAAUGCCCAAAUCGGUGCUGAGCUGCAGAAUCUGAGGAGGGUGAUCAGUGAAGUGUCUCCGUUGAAAGACACUGUAAGAAGACAGGAAGAAAUGAUUCAGGUGUUACAGAAGCAGUGUAAUGAUCUGAUGAAAGAAAACGAGAAGCUUUGGAAAGCAAUUGAGACUCUUAAACUGAGCGAUUCAGGGGCUGAUCAAAAGAACCAAGAAUCUGCAAGGUGCAGUGCUGAAAUCAACGCUGCACAUGGCACACAGGCAGAUGUCUGUCAGUAGCCUGGGUCUUCAGUUGACCUGUUGUUACAGAUUGGGUGACACUGGAUCCUGUCUGAUUUCAGUACGCAUCUACAAGGCACAGGUAUCCUAGCUUCGGUUCGGUAGCAGAGAAAGACAGGGUUCUCUUUUCUGCAGCAUGAGAGCACCUCAAAUGUAUUUUUGCAAGGUGGGAUUUGCUGAUGCGUGUGACUGAAAUGAAAGGUUACAGAAAUAGGGAGGUUCUCACCAGUCAAUUACAAAGUGUAGUUAUUUUGAUCGUUUUGAUACGUCAAGAUUUUAGCGUGGCAGAUGGCUGAGCGAUGAUUAGAUUAUACAGUGUUAGCAACUUUGAAGUUGGAAAGGGUGCUUCAUAGAACCAGAAACAGGAAUAAAAUGGGGUUUUUUGUGUUGUUUUUCCUCAUUUGUUAAGUAAAACGUGCUGGAAUGUAAAAGGAAGGAUAAAAUAAGUUAUCCACACACAAGAAAACGAUAAAGAUGGUACAAACAGCAAGCACCACGUUUGAGGAACACAAUCUAGGGAAUUUUAGGGAAGAGGUAAAACAAGUUUAGUUUGACUAAGUAUGUAAAGGGUUACUUUUUGAAAAGAAAAAAAAAAACUUUAAAUAGACAGCCUCUCCUAAACUGUUCACAAGUUACUGUGACAGGUUUUGUAGUACACGUGCUUUAAGGUGGAUGUUGUAUAUUCAUUAGCUGAUUUAGUUGUUUCUGCCUGGGCUUGUUUUUUUAACUAUGAAUGUUUAUGCAUUUUUACAGAUUUUACUGGUGUGAUGGUAAUUAACUUUAGCUGUGUUAGCUGCUGUUUGUGGGCUGUAAGGUUAAAUUGAAUCAUAAAGUGUGAAGCAUUUAUUUCGUAUCCAUUGUUAAAAGAAAUUGUGACUGCAGUAUCAACCAAACAUGCAACAGAUUGGCGUAUUUAUUUUUACUCUCAGCCAAGAAUAUUACAUCUCUCACAGUGUUGAUUUGUUUUAAUUGCAUGAUAAGUGAAAACGCUACUUCCCUGAGGAGUCUUGUUCAAUACAAAUGUUCAGUUGGUGAAUGAAACCACACAUAGUUCUCACAUUUAUCCCACCGCUGAUUUACAUGUUUACUGUUUUUUGAUCUUCAAAUGAGUUACCACAGGUAGUAUUUACAAUGAUUAAAAUGCAUAGGAUUAAUGUUGUGCUUUAUAUUUCAAGCGCUCAUUGCUUUAUAUGUCUAGCUGUUACAGAACAGUAUAAUCAGUGUGGCUGCUUUCUUCCAAAGGAAACUCCUGCCUGUACAUUCAUCUUUUGUGUUUUGUACUGUUCACGGUUCUGGGAUGUUUCUCAAAAUAAUUAGUGGUGGUAAUAUACAGGUUAUUUUCCCAUAUAAUGUAAUUUCAGUUAUAUUUUCUUAGUCAAGGGACCUUUCUUCAAUUUGUGGUAAAAUAUUGUUAAGGAAAAUGUGAUUGAAUGCCUGGAAACAAAUACAUAAAGUUUAUCUAGGUGUGUUUUUUUUUUUUGGUUGUUUAUUUUUUUAUUUUUUUGUUUAUUUUAACGCUGUACUGUAGAAAACUAGCUGUGAAUUAUUAUUAUUAUUAAGCAGACGCUUUUAUCCAAAGCAACUUAAAGAAAAUUGAACAAUAUGUAAAA